UCUUCAUCCUAUCUCAUCACAACAUAAAAACCAAAUCCCUUGUAGUUUCAAAGUUCUUAUUCAGAAGCUCAGAGACUACAACCAUGGCAACGGGGACGAGGGCUGCUUCUCAACGAUCGUACGAAGAUUUCGAACCCACCACUGAGUGGAAGCGGGAACCCUCCGCCGAUACCUUGCUCGUCUACCUGCCUGGAUUCAGGAAAGAGCAAAUGAAGGUGCAGGUGACUUCUUCCCGGCAGCUUAGGAUCAUGGGAGAACGUCCGAUGGGGAACAACAACAACAACAAAUGGAGCCGUUUCAAGAAGGAGAUCCCCAUCGGAUCGAACUACGACACCAAUGAAAUCAAUGCCAGGUUUGACAAAGGGAUUCUCUACGUCAAACACCCCAAGCUCAUCACUCAGCAGCCGCAGCCUGCCGCCGCCGUCAACAAUCAGCAACUACCGUCGCAAAAACCGCCGCAACCGAGACCGGCGGCACCUGUGGUGGAAGCGCCGAAGCCAAUUCCACCACCACCGCCGCCGCCGCCGCCAGCUGCAGCAGCGCCACAGCCGGCGUCAGGGAGGACGCAGGAUCAGAAGCCACAAUCCCACCAGCCAGCUUCUAAUGGCAGCAAGGCUACGGCGGCGACUGCAGUUCAGCCGCCGGCGCCGGCUUCUGCGCCGCCAAAAGAAACGUCGAUAUGGAAGAUUCCGCCAACAGAGCCCUCUGUUUCCGGGCCUCCCCGAUCUGAAACGAAGAACCCAGAAACGGGCAUGGGAGCAAAGCCGGAUAAAUUCUCGGAAGAACAGAGGAAGGAGAAAUAUGAAAGGAAGACAACAAAUGGGCAGAGUCCGGAACCAAAGGCCGACGAAAUGAAGAAAGAAGAAGGAGGUGGCAGCAGCAGCAGGGGAAGGAUUUCGUCGCCAUUGAUAGCAAGUGAGAAGUACAAGAAUGCAAUGAGUGGGUUGGGAAUGAAGGUAAUGGAGAUGAAGGAGAAUCCCAAGAGCCUGCUGAACUUGGUUUUCGCUGUUUUGACCGGCGUCGUCAUCCUGCUCUACCUCAAGAACGCGGCCAAGUCGCUGCUGAAGUUCAAGGGCGGUGCUGACAUUGACGAUGAUCAGCUCCUACUAUAACUUUCCCCCCUAGAAUCAAAGCCUCUGUUACCGUGAAAAUUGACAUUGAUCGCUGAUUUCUAACAAUUGGUUUAGGAUCACCGGAAUAAGAAUUAAAGCUAAUGACAAGCAAAAUGGGUGGGAUUUGUAACAGAUUUAAUGAGCGAAAGUUGAACUCUUUCAUGUGAAUCAAUGGCUGAUUUCAUUGCUACCAACUGUGUGUUCUGCAUGUGCCUUAAGAAACUUUCUUGCAAUCAAUGGACACAUGAAUUCAGGAGUUUAAACCCAACACUGAAAUUAAAACAAGAGUAUCUUAUGAAGAUCAAUAGUGAUUUGAGCAUUACACCUGCUAAGAAAACCUUUUGGACUUG